AUGUUGUAUGUCAGCAUCGCCAUAACUUAUGGAUUCCCUGAGCCCCUAAGCUGGGGUGCGCAUGCCCCGUGGACGAACUCCUUUGUUUACUCCAGCAUUAUAAUCUCAUCAACUCCUCCUAAAAUCAUCAUACGAAGCUUCUUCUGUGAUGCUAUCCGCUACGAAUUAGCGGGUCAUCGUAUCCUCGAAGCUGUCCUCCCUGACCAAGACCGCAAUGAGGUGACCUCCUCGCUCGAUCUCAAUAACGGUAUCGGCAUCAUCAAUGGCGGAACAUGGGCUGGCAAAGACUCCAUAUUCGACCAAGAACCUUACAUCCAUGACGAGACUAAAUAUGGGCGCAUGCUUUGCUUCACAUGGGUGGCGAACGAAGGCUUUGGUGACUCUGCGUAUUACAAAUGUCGGGUAAACGUAGCCCAGGGAAUCGGGAAUGAUAUUGGUCAUCCUGCAUGGGUGGACCCGCAAGAGAUUGAGGAUAGCCCGGAGCCAGCGGACAGAUGGCAGAUGUACUGGGACAGCAAAGAGGAAUGCAUGGAGGCCAUAAAACCGAGAGACUCUGACCGAACCGAUAUCGAGGUCUUUAUGGAGGAUGUGCUGACGGGAAUUUGGGACGGUGAGUUCACGGAUGACAGUGAUGAAGAUCUCAUGAGCGGGUAG